AUGGCAGUAUCCGACCAACACCGAGUUACACACAUUGUCCUGUUCCGUUAUCACUCUUCGGUGUCUUGGACAGAACUGGAGCACCACUUCGCAGACUUGACCAAAUUGAAAUCAACAUGUGUCAAGCCUGCUACCACCGGAAAACCAUAUAUUUUAUUGAUGUCCAUGGGGAAGAAUCACAGUUGGGAAAAUUUCGCAAAGGGAAUGACGCAUUGUAUCGUCCUGGAGUUUGCCAAUGUCGAGGACAGAGACUUUUAUCUGUUAGAGGAUCCCAUUCACCGCGCUUUUAGUGUGAAUGCUGCCCCUUUGAUUGAGGACUCCGUGGUUGUAGACUUCGUGAACGGAUCAUUACUUGGUCCUGCACAUGGACCUGAGUCGGAGAGUGAUAACUACAAGUCAUAUCGAGGCGCAUGUCACUGCGGGUUGAUCGACUUCUACAUGAGAUCACCUACCGGAAAACCACCCACACAUGUGAUUUGCCAUUGUGACACUUGCAAAAAGAUAUCUGGAGCCCCCUACACAUGCAACUACAUCAUCCCCAGCGAGGACUUGGUCAUAUCUCAGGGCCGUGAACGUCUGAGGGUAUAUGAAUACCGAGGUGCGAGUGGCAAGAACGUGUCAUGUUACUAUUGUGAGAAGUGCACCAGCCACAUAUAUCACGUGCAGGAACGGGAUCCGAAUAAAGCGAUCGUGCGGACUCUCCUUCUUGAUUGCGGGAAUGCCUUGGGUGCAAGCGGGGAGAUUUUCAGCGAAGGAGCUCUGGGAUGGGCUAGAGAUUUGGGAGCCGCGCUGCCGGCUUAG